CGUCCGCGUCGUGACCUCCAGUCGUGAACCCCCGGGAUGACGGAUCGAGAGCAGACGGAGGAGGAGAUCCCCUCCAUGGGUGCGGGGGAACCCCCUCCGCCCCCUCCGCCGAUCUCCGACCGUCGAUUCCAGGUGAAUCGGGUCUAUUCCCGCAUCUCGGAGCGAGCCUCCGAUCCCGGCGACGGGAGCCCGACCGGCGUCGGCACUCGGUUGGCUUUUGCUCGUCGAGAGAAGAAAAGCGUCGCUUUGGCAAUCGAGCGAAUCGCGCAAAGGUCACUGCCAUCGGAGUCUCACGGCAGCAGUCGCGGUCGGAGUCGGACGCGACAGACACCAGAGCGGUCGAGGUCCUUCCGGCUAGACGUUCGGCGAGAGCGAAACCGGAUUCCGUCGAGAAGGAACACCGACGGAUUCCGGCCUCUCCGGAGGAGCAAGGCAUCCACCGUCGCUCGGCAUCCACCGUCGCUCGGCGGCCACGGUCGUCGCGGACGGAAACGCUGCGACGGCGAGCAGCGAGCGGACCUCGCGAUGUCGCGAACAAGCGCAUCGCUCGCGGCCCCGAGUCUGCGCCGCGUUCCAUCGAGAGGCCCGAAGGCGAGACGAGACGAGAGGAAAACUCGGGAAGAAACGGAGACGAGACCGUCGAGCGCCGUCGCGAGCGAGCCGAAACGAGACGGAAUCGGGUCCAGAUGCCUUGGAGCCGGUCGAAACGUGCGGGGCUCGAAAACGAAAAUCGUGGUCGUCUCCAGAAACGAAAAGUUCCACGAUUUCGCCCGUUUCGAGAGCCUCGACGACGAUAUCGCUCGAAGAAACUCGCCGUUUGCCGUCUCCGUUCGCGCCGACUCGGGCAGACGCGAAGAAGAUGGAGAAUUUCGGGGUCUCCAAAACGACAUCGCGAGCAUCGUCGUCGUCGUCGGCAUCGAUCUCCCUCGCACGAGCGAGGAAGCGGACGCUCCGGGCCUCACGGCCCCGGCGAUUCGUCCGCUCGGAUCUCUCUCCGGCUUCGCAUCGGGAAUGCGGAGCUCCACGUACGACACGCGAUGCCUCAAGUCCUUGCGCGAGAUGACGAUGGAGGCGUUCCCGCGGGAGACUCACUACCGCAACAUGAAGAGCAUCCAGGCCGGGUGCCAGAGGCCCACGCUGGACAACCUCCACGGCGCCGAGUACCAAGAGAUUCCCAUGCCGACGCCGAGGGAGAUGCCAGACGACGUCGAGCAGGUGAAGGUGAAGGAGAAGGGACUCCACAAGAUGGGGUGGAUGGAAGGCGUCCUGAUGCCCUGCCUGCUGAACAUCUGGGGGGUGAUGCUCUUCCUCCGGCUCUCCUGGGUCGUCGGUCAGACCGGAAUCGGAGAGGGGUUGGUGCUCAUCUGCGCGUGCAACCUGGUCACCAUCAUCACCAGCAUCUCCAUGUCUGCGAUCGCCACGAACGGCCAGAUCAAAGGAGGGGGGAUCUACUACAUGAUCUCGAGGUCGCUGGGAGCAGAGUUCGGUGGGGCCAUCGGACUCAUGUUCACGAUCGCCAACGCCGUCGCGUGCGCCAUGUACGUCAUCGGGUUCUGCGACUCCCUCAAGGACCUGCUCAGACUGGAGUUCGACGACACGGUGAUCUUCGACGGAGGGGACAACGACACGAGGAUCGUCGGGUGUGCCACCGCCGUCGUCAUCCUUGCCAUCGCUGCCGUCGGCAUGAAAUGGGUCUCCAAGGCACAGUUUGCGUUGCUGCUGAUCCUCACGGCGGCCCAGGUGGACUUCAUCGUGGGGAGUUUCAUGGGGCCCAGUUCCAGGGAAAUCGUCGCCAAGGGCUUCGUCGGAUACCAAGGGGAGAUUUUCGCUCAGAACUGGCGCAGCGCAUAUGGGCCGUCGGGGGUCGACAAAUCGGACCAGGGAUUCUUCUCCGUCUUCGGCGUCUUCUUCCCUGCCGUCACGGGCAUCGUUGCGGGUGCUAACAUGUCUGGAGACCUCAAGGACCCCAUAUCGGCGAUCCCAAAGGGAACCCUCAUCGCCGUAUUCAUCACGUUCCUGACCUACCUCGGAUAUGGAGUGAUGGCGGGGUCGUGUUCGGUCCGAAUGGCCUCCGGUGACCCAGAGGAACUCCUCGAUAACCCCACCAGCUUGUACCUUCAUCCGGCCUUCAACUGCACUGGGAGAGACUGCAAAUGGGGCCUGCUGCAGAGCAGCCAGAUGAUGACCAUCAUGUCUGCUUGGGGUCCACUCAUCUAUGGAGGAUGCUUUGCCGCUACCCUGUCCUCUGCCAUUGCGAGCAUCACUGGAGGACCUCGCGUCUUCCAGGCAUUGGCCAAGGACAGGCUGUACCCGGGCCUCCACUUCUUUGCGAUCGGACACGGACCCAACAACGAUCCUUUCAGGGGAUACAUCGCCUGCUUCGUUGUCACCAUUGCCUGCAUCCUCAUCGCGGAUCUGAAUGCCGUGGCGACCCUGCAGGUGAAUUUCUUCCUUGCAGCCUACGGACUCAUCAACUUCUCCGCCUUCCACUCCAGCUUCACCAAGUAUCCAGGCUGGCGUCCGGCCUUCAAGUUCUACAAUCAGUGGUGUAGUCUGUUUGGGACGGGGUUUUGUGCGGUCGUGAUGUUUCUCAUCCAAUGGGACGUCGCUCUCGCCACCUUCGCCGUCGUCAUCAUCCUUUACCUCUACGUCUCCUACAGGCGACCGGAUGCAAACUGGGGUUCGAGUACACAGGCGGCCGUGAGCAUGAAUGCGUUGAGGUACGUUCAAGUCUCGAACCAGGUGGAGGACCACGUGAAGACGUACCGACCCCAGGUCCUGGUCCUGGCCGGCCAUCCGAGCAAUCGACCUUCCCUCAUGGACUUCACGUAUCUCCUCACCAAGUCUUCGGCUCUCCUCGUCUCUGGGAACGUCGUUAAGGGUCCGAUCAAGUACAACGAACGAGCCUCCCUCAUUCAGAGGGGAUACGCCUGGUUGGAGCGUCAUCACAUCAAAGGAUUUUACGACGUGGUCGAGAGCGACCGCUUCGACGUGGGCGCUAGGGCCUUCUUCCAACUGUCCGGGCUGGGUAAACUCCACCCCAACAUGGUCCUCUUGGGGUACAAGGCCAACUGGGACGAGGGCGAUCCUCUUGCCGCUCUUCAAUACUUCAACGUCCUCCAUGACGCCUUCGACAACUGCAUGGCUGUGGGAAUACUCAGACUCCAGGGUGGACUCGAUUUUUCCGACUACGUCGAGGAGGUUGCGGAUUGCAGCGAGAAGCCCGAGAUAUUGUCCGGAUGUUUUGAUGCCUCGCUGGGUGAAUCAGAGGCAUGGUCGACAUCCACAGAGGAUCGGGAACAGCAUAAAAAGUCGGCCAAGAAAUCGCGCAAGAGCGGAAAAAUUUCCUAUAGCGUCAUGUACCGAGGGAUCGGAGGGUUCUCCCUGCCGAGGAACAUCUUGGACGGCCUCACCCACUUCCGCCAGCCGGUGAAGAAGGGAGAGCGGAUCGAUGUUUGGUGGCUGUACGACGACGGGGGGCUCACCAUCCUCAUCCCGUACAUCCUGACUCGGAGGAGGCAGUUCUCCUCUGCCUCCCUCCGCGUCUUUUACUCUCACCGCGAUUUCAGCAUGGCGGCGCUGCUGAGCAAGUUCCGCAUCGACUGCAGCGACGUGGUCGUGAUUCCCGACGUCCAGAGGAAGGCAGCUGACAGCACUCGCCAAGAAUUCAACGCCCUCAUACAGCCUUUCAGGGAGAGGGCCGAGGAAUCGCGGACAGCAGGGACCUACAUUCCAGAGGCAGAAUAUCAGAAGAUGAAGGACAAGACGAAUCGGCAAUUGAGGCUACGCGAGUUGCUUAUGGAACAUUCUCGCGAUGCCUGCUUCGUCGUUAUGACCCUGCCGAUGCCUCGAAAGGGGAUGGUGUCGGCCCCGCUGUACAUGGCCUGGCUGGAGACGCUGACCAGGGACAUGCCUCCGUUCCUCCUCGUCAGGGGGAAUCAGACUUCCGUCCUCACCUUCUAUUCAUGAUAUGAUCGCUCUCGUGAUUCUUCUAAUCGUAUCCUCAUAGCUGUUCGACGGUACGAAAUUCAUAUCCUCUGCAAUCGACGUACAUUCUCAGUGUUCACCUAUCAUUGCCAUGCUGAUAUUUAUGUGUAUAAUUUUAGUUCGUCCUAUUUGAAUCCCUCCUUUUAUAUAUAUAUAUUUAUAAAAGCAGGGUGUCUUGCAAGAGACAUGCUUUCGGAUUUGCAAUUGUGGGAAUUUUACAAGUGGCAUCUCCUCUAUCACUGGCCAUUCCAACGUCAGUAUGUCUCUUCCUCGCUUCCUUCUCCAUACUCGAUUUUGAUCACGAGAAGAUCUCUGUUCCGUGUCUAAUUACUUGUAAUUUCGAGUGACUUUCUCACCCAUGUGAGGUGUGGGAAGAGCAUCGAUUUAUUGGAAAUAGAGAUGAAAAAGCAUGCACGUGCAAUUGGUCCC